AUGGUGAAGGAGACUGUCUACUACGAUGUGCUGCAGAUUUCGGUGGAUGCCACUCCCGAACAAAUCAAGAAGGCCUACUACUUGAGGGCCCGCAAGGUGCACCCAGACAAGCGCCCGAACGACCCCAAUGCCAACCGAGAGUUCGAGGAGCUGGGCACCGCAUACCAGGUGCUCUCCGACCCCCAAAAGCGCGAGAUCUACGACCGCCUGGGCGCCGGCGGCCUGUCCGACACCCCCCUCAUGGACCCCUCCGUCCUGUUUGGGGUCCUCUUUGGCUCCGACGCCUUUGAGGAGUACGUCGGCCAGCUGCAGCUGGCCACCGCCGCCUCCAUUGCGGCGGACGCCAGCGGCCAGCCCCUCACGCAGCAGCAGCUGUCGGCCAAGAUGGCCGAGGCGCAGCGUCAGCGCGUGAAGGAGCUGACGGAGCACCUGGCCGCCCGGCUGCGGACCUACCAGGGGGCCACCAAGCCUGCGACCCUGGAGCGGGCGGGGCGGGAGGCCGCCGACCUGGUCAAGUUCAACUUUGGGCCCGAGAUGCUGACCACCAUCGGGUAUAUGUACAGCCGCAUCGGCGCACGAGAGGCGGGCAAGAACCUGAAGACCCUGGGCGUGGGCUUUGUCUGGGAGUCUCUGCGUGGGAUGGGGCACGGCACCAAGACCACCUACAAUGCGGUGUCGGGGGCGGUGAGCCUGGUCAGCAUCGGGCAGGAGCUGCAGAAGCAGCUGAACUCGGGGGCCAUUAGCCAGCAGGACGCCGAAGCACUGAUGGUGGGGCAUGCCGAGAAGACCCUGGCAGCGCUCUGGAAGGUGAACGUGCUGGACAUCGAGAAGACGCUGGAGGCCGUCUGUGUCGCCGUCCUGAACGACGCCGGCGUGCCCAAGUCUGAGCUGGCCGAGCGGGCGCUGGCCCUCAAGCGCAUCGGCAAGGUGUACCAGUCGGUGGCGGCCGCCGCAGCCCUGGCUACGGGGCCGCGCCGCGUGCUGAGCCAGACCUUCCCCGGGCCAACUCUGAUCGACCUCCUGCGAGCACUGCUGCCCUCGGCUCCCCUCAGCCUGAGUGUGGCUUGUGGAUCCAGAGACCCCCUCGACGCUGUAUGCGCCGCCUGCCUCAGCGUGCAGAAUGUGCGCCUCCACUGCCUGAUCCUGGCGACCACCGACGCGGCGCUGCGGCUGGUGCCGCGCGAGGCGGCGCCCUGCGGUGCCUCUCUGCUGAUAAACUACGACCUCCCGGCUCCGCACCCUCAGCGUGGAUACGCGACGCGGGUGGGUCACCUGCUGGGCGGCGCCGCCCACCACCCCCGAAUCGUGGUGAGCUUUGCGGCCGCGGGUGCCGCCGCGGAGUUCAGGACCUAUGCCGGCGAGCGGGACAGGCCCAUCGAGGUCAUGCCCAUCCGCGUGGCAGAGAUAUUCGAGCAGGAGCCUGCCAGGGGCUAG